AUGCGCGUCUUCACCCUCGCAAUCGCUUUCGCUUCAAUCGUGGCUCUGGCCAUGGCCAAGCCAUUGGACAACGCAAACGGCCUGCUCGCCAGAGACGCCAAUCCUGAAGCCGAUCCCAGUGAGUCUGACAUCGCUGUGAUGAAAGCCAAAUAA